GGGCGGCGGCGGCGGGCGGCGAGCGGAGCGGAGCGGAGCGGAGCGGGGAUGGCAGCGGCGCUGCGGGCAGCCCUGGCCAUGGGGCUGCUGGCGGCUGCUCGGCCCGCAGCCACCGCAAUGGGGCAGCGGCGGCAGGCGGAGCUAUUCCUGGAGAAGUACGGCUACUUCAGGGAGCCGGGGAGCGCGCACAGCCCCGCCGAGUUCACCGAGGCGCUGAGGGAUUUCCAGCGGGUGUCCCACCUCCCUCCCAGCGGGCUGCUGGAUGCCCCCACGCUCCAUCAGAUGUCCCUGCCCAGGUGUGGCACCGAUGACGGCGACAGCCGCGCUGCCGGGACACGCCGGGCACGGCGCACGGCACAGCACGGUGGGCGCUGGUACAAGCGGCACCUGCGGUACCGGGUGGUGAACUGGCCGUCCUACCUGCCCCAGCACGAGGUGCGCCUGGCCGUGAGAGCCGCCUUCGAGCUCUGGAGCAACGUGUCCUCCCUGCUGUUCUGGGAGGCCCAGGACGGCCCCGCCGACAUCCGCCUCACCUUCUUCCACGGGGACCACAACGAUGGACUCAACAACGCCUUCGAUGGGCCAGGACCCAAAGCCGAGGCACAUUUAGGCAAAGCAGAGCGGCGUGUGCCGGCUGUGCCGCGGUCCCUGAUGGCUCUGGUGUCCCCAGGAGGUGCCCUGGCUCACGCCUUCUUCCCCCUGCGAGGAGAAGCCCACUUUGACAGUGCUGAGCGCUGGUCCCUGCACAGCGGCAAAGGGCGCAACCUCUUCAUCGUGGUGGCCCACGAGGUCGGGCACACGCUGGGGCUGCAGCACUCGCCCGUCAAGAGCGCCCUGAUGUCUCCCUACUACAAGAAGCUCAGCAAGGAUUUUGUCCUCAGCUGGGAUGACAUCUUGGCCGUCCAGAACUUGUACGGAAAGCCCUCCAAGGGCUCGGCCAUCCAGCUCCCAGGAAAAGUCUUCACUCACUUCCAGGAUUGGAACACGGACCUGUACAGCAGGGACCGAGAGCAGAGGAGCCUCAGCACCUAUUACUGCCACUCCUUCUUCGACGCCAUAACCGCUGACGGGGAUCACAACCUCUACAUCUUCAAGGGCAGCCACUACUGGGUGGUGUCGGCGAGCGGCAACGCCAGCGAGCCACGGCCACUGCAGCCACGCUGGCCCGGCCUCCCCGCCAGCAUCGACGCCUGCACCUGGUCCCAGCUCACUGGGAAGUUCUACUUCUUCAAAGGCGGCCGAUGCUGGCGCUACGCCGGCUCCAAGCUGGAGGCAGGAUUCCCCCGAAAAUGCAGCGCCCUGGGGCUCCCUCGGCACCCGGACACCGCUCUCUACUUCCAGCAGCUCCGCCGGCUCGUCCUCUUCAAAGGCCCCAAGUACUUCGUGCUGGGCGAGGAGCCGCUGGGCGUGGAGCCCUACUACCCCCGCAGCCUGCGGGACUGGGCAGGGCUGCCCCCGGGCACGGCCGGGGCUCUCACACACCGAGACGGCUCCCUCUACUUCUUUCGGGAUGAGCAGUACUGGAAAUUCGACCAGAACAAGCUGCGAGUGGUAGCCAGCGGCAAAUGGGCGGCACAGCUGGCCUGGAUGGGCUGCUGGGAUGCCAACAGUGAGCAGCUCCUGUUCUGAGCAGGGGAUGGAACGGGGGGGUCAGGACCUCACCUCGCUCCCUGCUGCCCGGAUCCCCCUUUGUGCGGCUCUGGCUCCUGUCUGAGCGUGGCUGGGCAGGGACUGGCUGCCCGUGGAUGGAUGGAGCCGUGCCAGGUGGAGCAGUGACCCAGCAGAGUCACAGAGUGCAGCUGGGACAGAUGUGCCACAGCCAGGUGGCCUGGAGGCUUUGGGACAC